GGUGACCGCGGCCGGGGCAGCGCGGGGGCGGGGCCUCGCGGCCGGGACCGGCGGGCGCGGCGCGCACACGCAGCGGGGCGGCCCGGAGCGACCCCUUCCCGGCCCCGCUCGCCAGCCUCUCUCCGCGGAGCGUCGGCGCCGCCCAUGGCCGAGGUGCUGGAGCCGGACCUGGCGACAGCCGAGCGCGCGGCGGCCCAGGCCGUGGAGACGCCGGGCUGGACGGCGCCGGAGGACGCGGGCCCGCAGCCCGGAAAUUACGAGGUCCGACAUUAUGGACCAGCCAAAUGGGUCAGCACUUCCGUUGAGUCUAUGGACUGGGAUUCAGCCAUCCAAACUGGUUUUACAAAGCUGAGCAGCUACGUUCAAGGCAAAAAUGAGAAAGAGAUGAAAAUAAAGAUGACAGCCCCUGUGACAAGCUACGUGGAGCCUGGUCCAGGCCCUUUUAGCGAGUCUACCAUUACCGUCUCCCUGUACCUCCCCUCUGAACAGCAACCUGAUCCGCCCCGGCCUUCAGAGUCAGAUGUCUUCAUUGAAGACAGAGCAGAAAUGACCGUGUUCGUACGGUCUUUCGAUGGAUUCUCUAGUGCUCAAAAGAAUCAAGAGCAGCUUUUGACCUUAGCAAGCAUGUUGAGGGAAGAAGGAAAAGUUUUCAACGAGAAGGUUUACUACACUGCAGGCUACAACAGCCCUUUCAAGUUGCUUGAUAGAAAUAAUGAAGUGUGGUUGAUCCAGAAAAAUGAACCCUCCAAAGAAACCGAAUGAAGGAAAAAAGGAAGUAUGAUUGCUGAGCAUAGACAUCAAGAGUACCUACACGUCAAACGCGGGUUCUAGUAUCUCUACCUGCGAGAACUACAAUGAAUUGAGCUGAUUUCCAAGGUGCCUUUUAAUGCUUGAAGCCUCAUCUAGAUACACAGGUAGCAGGGGACAGUUUUCUAGAAACAUGUGAGUCCGUCACAGCUCCGAAGGGGUCUAUUUCUAUGAGGUCCAGGAAGUGUCUUUUUGCUUCACCCUUCUUCACUGUAUCACAAUCGUGUUGCUGUUUUCCACUUGGCUUUGUGUCAUUUGGAUGUUAUCCCCUCUAGAUAUUAGCAAUAAAAAUGUUAAAGAGGUA